CAUGUCGCUGGGAAUCUUUCAACUGGUCAGCCUAAUCCUGCUAAUGGAUCCCGCCGAGGUGAUCACAGGACCUCCGCAGGCCAAGGAUGUGCCCACCCAGAGUCUGGAUGAGUUUCGGCAGAGGUAUUUGCUGCCUUUGAUCUCCUCGGAUACCAGAAAUUGCAGUUUGAAUGCCUGUGAGUCACUGGGCAUCGUGUCACAGCUCUUGAUGCUCAUUAAUUCGAUGCCAAAUGGAACGAGCACUGAAUCCAACGAUCAAAAACCUUCCAAGCCCAAAGGUAAUGGUCAUAGCAACGGAGGUGAUGGAAGUAGUGGCGAGGUGAAUGCCAUGUCGCAUUUGGCGAACUUCGAUCUGGUGAAGCGGGUGAGGCAAAUUGAGAGUCGCCUUCGUUCGGUGGAGCAGCCCAUUUGGCACUUGGCCACUGGCAGUCAGAUCGAGUGGAAUCACUGCACCUCGGGCGUGUGUCGCUGCAAUCCGGACACCAAGAGCUUCACCUGCUGGAACACCAAUCUUAAGUCAGUGCCGGUCACCCAGGUGAUACCCAUGAAUAUGGUGAACAUAGAUCUUUCCCGCAACAUCUUGUCCACCCUGCACAAGGACACCUUUCGUGGACUGACGGUUCUGAAGGAAUUGGAUAUAUCACACAAUGUGCUGGACUUUCUGCCCUUUGAUUUAUUCCAAGAUCUGGAUAGUCUGCUGGUGCUGCGCAUUCAAAACAAUCAACUGGAAGACAUUGAUCAUCGCACCUUCUGGAAGCUUCGCAAUUUGAAUAUCUUGGAUUUGAGCAAAAACGAAAUUGGCAUGCUGCCCGAAUCGAUAUUCUACCAUGCCCAGCGACUCACCGUGAUCAAUAUGUGCGACAAUCAGAUCCAGAACUUUCCGCCCAACCUUCUGCGAGAUCAACUAAUGUUGGAGGAGCUCGACAUGUCCCGCAAUAAAAUCACCGAGCUCAGUUCGGGCAGCAUUCGAUACUUGACCAAGCUGAAGACCCUCGACUUUGGAUGGAAUCAAAUAUCCAAAAUUGAUGAUGACUUUUUUGUGGGCUUGAAAAGCCUGCGAACUCUUUCGCUGCACAACAAUCGCAUCUCAUCGCUGUCGGGAACCAUAUUUAAUAAUUUGGCCAAUUUAGUCACCCUCGAUUUGACCACGAAUCGAAUAAGUCAUAUGGAUGGCAACGCCUUUGUGGAGCUAAAUAACCUUCAUGAACUUUUUUUGGGUCAGAACUCCAUGUCCAGCAUUCCGGCUGAUCUUUUCUUGAAUGUCAGUGCCCUCACUCGGCUGACACUCUUUUCCAAUAAUCUAACCACCUUGGAAGCUGAUGAUUUUCAGGGACUGAGCAACCUAAAGAUUUUGCUGCUCAAUAAUAAUAUUCUUAAGAAUUUCGAUUCCCGAGCUUUUGAGCCUCUAGCACAAUUGGAAAAACUCCGCAUUGACUCCAACAAGCUAAUGUUCCUGCCCAAUGGAGCACUUCAUGGCCUCGAGAAGUUGGUAGCCGUCAAGCUGGACAAAAAUCCCUGGCACUGCGAUUGCCGAGCUCUUUAUUUGGCCAGGUGGAUAAGAGAGUUUGUGCUGAAACUGUGGGAUGGUCAGCAGCCCAUGUGUCGUGGACCCGGGGAUUUGGGAGGUCAUGAGGUGGGUCUGCUGCGCUAUGACGACCUCUGCGAUGGCCAGUGGGCCAGCAUGUUGUCUCUUUCGCCGCGGCUGCCUGUUCGAAAGCAUCAGAUUUCCACGCCGAUGAACUACACGGACUACUUUAAUCUCUAUCUAAAGCACAUCUAUAAUGGAACCACGGAUGAGGAGCUAAAGGAGGCCGAUAUAACCAGCGUGGCCAUCAAGAAAGUUCACAAUAAGAAAUAA